AUGAAGAGCAGCUACAAGGAGCAGUGGCUGCAGGCAAUGAAGAGUGAGAUGAAGUCGCUUGAAGAAAACAGCACAUGGAAGCUAGUGGACAUGCCACCGGGCAAGAAGGCCGCGCGCUUGGUUGCGAAAGAGUUCACGCAGCGUCCUGGCAUCGACUACAACGAGACCUUUGCACCAGUGGCGCGCAAGGAAUCUAUCAACACAGCGUUAGCGAUCGCUGCAGCUGAAGACCUGGAAGCAGAAAAUGCUGAUGUCGACACAGUGUUUCUCUACGGCGAAGUGGAAGAGGAGAUCUACAUGGACCAACCUGACGGUUUUGAAGAUGAAGGAAGCCCGAAAAAGAAGUGUUUGCUGCAGAAGGCGCUAUACGGGACGAAGCAAGCGGCGCGGCAGUGGAGCAAUAAGUUGAGUCAGCACUUGGAUGAUCAAGGGUUCAAGAGCAGUGCAGCGGACCCGUGUGUGUUCGUUCGAGUGACAAGAGAGGAGUAA